UCCUUCCUGAGUUUGCUUUCACCUUCACGAAUCUCUCUCGCACCAACCGGCGGCUCGUUUCCUCACCCCCGCCGCCGCGCCGCCAUGCUCCGGCUUCAGCGCUGCGUCCUCACCCAGCUCCUCUCGUCUCGGUCCGCCUCUCCCGUCUCCCAUCUCCGCCGCCUCAUCUCUGCCGCCGCGCCGGUCGUCUCCCCGAACCCUAGCUUCGCGGUGGAGAACUACCUCGUCGACACCUGCGGCCUCACCGGGGCCCAGGCACUCAAGGCCUCCGCCAAGCUCAACCACCUCAGGUCCCCCUCUAAUCCCGACGCCGUCCUCGCCUUCCUCGCCGGCCUCGGCCUCUCCAGCGCUCACGUCGCCGCCCUCGUCGCCAAGGACCCCAAGUUCCUCUGCGCCGGCGUGGAGAGGACCCUAGCCCCCGUCGUCGUCGGGCUCACCGGCCUCGGUCUCUCGCGUCCUGAGAUCGCGCGCCUCGUCUCGCUCGGCGGCGCCCAGUUCCGUUGCAGAUCCAUCGUCUCCAGCCUACAAUACUACCUGCACCUCUUCGGCUCCGCCGAGAAGCUCUUCCGGGCGCUCAAGUAUGGCUCCUGCCUUCUCUCGUCCGACCUUGAGCUUGUGAUCAAGCCCAACGUCGCGUUCCUGGAGGAGUGCGGGCUCGAUCCUUGCGAUAUUGCCAAGCUGUGCACCUGCGCGCCAUGGUUGCUUAGCACCAACCUGGAGCGUCUCCAGGCAAUGGUUGCAUGUGCUGAAGGUAUAGGCGUGCCUCGGGGUUCCGGGAUGUUCAGGCAAGCACUGCAGGUCGCAUUCUACGGCGAGGAGAAGAUCACAGCCAAAGUGGACCACUUGAAGAACAUGUUCAGGUGGUCGGAUGCUGAGGUGCGCAUUGCUGUUUGCAAAGCUCCAAUGGUGCUGACGUUGUCCAAGGACCUGCUGCAGAGGAAGUCCGGGUUCCUGGUCUCUGAAGUUGGGUUGGAACCGGCAUACGUGGCUCAUCGGUUGACAUUGCUCACUUACAGCCUAGAGGGCCGGCUAAGGCCCCGGUACUAUGCUGUAAAGUUUCUUAAGGAAAAUGGAUUGCUAGAUCAUGGACGAGACUACUAUGCUGCAGUCGUGCUGCGCGAGAAGGUAUUCAUGGAGAAGUUCAUAUGCCCUCACAAGAAAGCUGCACCGCAGCUCGCCAAAGACUAUGCAGCAGCUUGCAGAGGGGAAGUGCCGGCUAGAUUCAGAUUUACAUGAACAAGACCAGUAUGAAAUUUCGUGACAUUUUCACUCUUUGUGUGAGAUUCAAGACAAACAUGCAACACAUGUGGUGGCUACCAUAAGCUAAGCUGGACUGUCGAAGACUCGAAGUAAUUGUUCUUGAGGUAUCUUUAUACAUUUACUUUAUAUAAUGGUUGAUUGAUCUAGGCAGGGGUAAUGGCUCCUGUGCAGUGUUCAGUUUUUCGGAACGAAUUACCUUUGACUGACAAAUACUCCCUCCUUGUCAGGCUUAAUUCAGAAGUAGUCUUCUAUCUAUUGUCGGUACCUUGCCUUGAUGUAGGUGACGGCGUGUCCUUGACGGUGGCGUGGAUAACGAAGAGAUCGCCGCCUACCUGGGGAUGAUCAGGAGACAACGCAGCAGCAGCAGCAGCAGAGGGGAAGCUGCAAUAAUCCUGCCCUGCGAACUCAGCAGCACAUGUUCCCAGCCCUCUAUAUUUACACAUACGCCUACUAAAAUUUUAUCAGCAACGAUGUACUAGUAUUGUUCUGUUUCCAGAGCAAACUCCCCAAGGUUUAUUUAGAUCAGCUGAGGAGGCUAAUAUACUGCCGAACUGCAUAUUUGGACAGUGAUGGUCCAUCAUUCAGGGAAAAGUCAGACAUCUGCAAGUUCA